UUUUUUCUGGGUGUGGACCAGAGUGAGGAUGGGCAUAAAAAGAAACAGAGAUAGAGAGAGAGAUCAGGGGUUUCCACACAGCUCUGACAGCUUCAGGAUCAUCAGAGAGCAUCACGAGUAGAAGCCUUCAUCUUCCUCAUCCUUCACUCCAAGUGCAGACGCUCUUGCUGUUUGGGAAGCUUCCAACAUGCUCCGCCCCCUGCUCUACCUGUGCAUUCUCCUGGCUCUGACAGGUGCUGCCAGAGCGGACACCUGCACUGUGACCGGCCCCACCAUCAUUGACUUUAAAAGUCAGCUCAGUAAUGUGACUGACAGGUGUGUGUACUCUGUGAUGAAGGAUUCCUCAAACGGGUUUGAAGUGUUUGCCAACUUCCGGGAGCGGCGCCGUAGAGACGUGAGCUUUGUGGACAGCGUGACUCUGACAGUUGAUUCAGGCGAUACCGUCAUCCUGGAACAAGGAGGCAGAGUUCUGUUGAACAACACAUUGCUGACCCUGAAUGGUUCAGCCCAACAGAUUAAUGGAGUCCAGCUUUCCGAGGAUCAAACUGGAGUCACUGCACAGUUUACACUCACCAGUCAAAGCAUUUCUGUGUUCUUUGAUGGCUACACAGCACAGGUUCACACACAAGCUCCUGUUAACUCAGCUGUGACCGGCCUGUGUGUUGACUCCAGCAGUACCUCAAGUGCAAGGUUUCCUCAGUCCAGCUCUCUCAGUUGUGAGACUCAGUACACAGACAGUCCUGACAGUACAAUCGACUGCACCGCAGUGGCUGAAAGAUGUAACAUUCUAAGAACUGCACCCUUCGCCUCCUGCAAUGCCAUCAUUGACCCGACACCCUACAUCAACGCCUGCACAGAAGCCUUGUGCAGAUAUCCUGCAGUGGACGGGCUCAAGUGUCAGUUCCAGUGGGCCUACGCCAGAGCCUGCAGCCUGAACAGCAGCACCACAGCGGUGGACUGGGGGACUGUCACAGAGUGCUCUCCACCUCAGGCCUUUUGUCAAGACAAAACCUGCAGUGACCAUGAGUUCUGUGGAGAUACGUUGACUGGGGAACAGGGCUGCCUCUGCAGAGCUGUGUUUGCCCAACAUUACAAAGACUCCAACACUUUGGGAAAUCCAAUAGACUGCAAGCAGAACUCUGUUUCAAUCACUCUUCUUGGUUGUCUGAUGGAGGAAAGAGGCAUCGACUACACCGUCCUACACCUCAACAAUCAGAGCUGCAGGGGGAUGAUGGACCAGGAGACCCACAUGGUGACUUUCAGCUUUGACACCAACAACACCUGUGGGGCAGAGGUCACAACUAAUGGAAGCCAAACAACCUACAAGAACACCAUCAUGACCCAGAACAGCUCUGAUGUCAUCACUUACUACGACCAAGUGUACAUUGACUUCUCCUGCUACCAAAGUCAACCUGAGAUGAAGCUUGUGGCCUUCAGAAUCAAAGACAGCUCUGUGGUCCAGCACAUCACUUCUGCAGACUUUAACUACACUGUGACCAUGAAGGCCUACAGCGACGCUGGACGCACACAGAGUUUGGAUUCAAACACGGAUGUGUCGCUCAACCAGAAGAUCUGGGUGGAGCUGAAAACCAGUGGACUGGAUGCAAAUAUGAUCGCCGUUGUGACAGACUCAUGCUGGGCAACCAGUCAGAGCUCGCCCAGAAGCGCUCCAAGAUACGACUUGGUCAAAAAUGGCUGUGCCAAUCCCAGUGAUCAGACGGUGCAGGUGACAGGGAAUGGAAUGGGAACGUCCAACUACUUCUCUUUCCACAUGUUCCAGUUUUCAGGAAGCACGAGUGAAGUUUACCUUCACUGUCAACUCCAGCUGUGCCUCAAACAAGAGAAGAACUGUGUCCCGAACUGCACCAGUGGAGGAAAUAAAAGACGCAGAUAUGCCAGGUCAAAUUUUGAACACAAAAUGUCAUCCUUCAUCAGCAUGGGCUGGAUUCAUUAGGUGGUUUCCAUCCUAAACUGGGCUGACCAACAGGCUGUUGACUGGAGUCCCGACCAGGAACUGGACCAGUAGAAGUGGUAAAGCUUUUUUACUCACACGGCUGGAACAGACAAUGUUUUAUUUUCAUUAUAUCCACA